AUGGCGGAGAAGUUUGAGUCUCUGAUGAACAUCCAUGGGUUUGACCUGGGCCCACGCUACAUGGACCUGAAGCCUCUGGGCUACGGAGGGAACGGCCUGGUGUUCUCGGCCGUCGACACGGACUGCGACAAACGUGUGGCGGUGAAGAAGAUCAUCCUGACGGACCCUCAGAGCGUCAAACACGCCCUGAGGGAGAUCAAGAUCAUCAGGAGGCUGGACCACGACAACACCGUCAAGGUAACACAGGAACCAUAAAAUACCUUUAUUGGCCACUCGUAUGGAAAUGUAAUGUUGUUAGGACAGCAGUACAAUGGGUCAGUUCCUAACACUGCAGACAGUGGGGGAAUUCCCCGGCUCAAGUCACACUGCAACACCAAACUCUGCAGUCAUAUGACUUGGCCUAAGGAGAACACUACAAGUCACUUCCAAGUGUUGGACUACCUCACACUAAUUAGUGCUAAAGCACUUGAGUCAUGUACACAGUCAAGAACAUACAGACAACGUACAGGUGUAUCUGAUCAUACAAGUUCAUAUUAACUCCUUCCCUCUCCCAGGUGUUUGAGACGCUAGGGCCCAGCGGUCGCCACCUAACAGAUAAUAAUAUUCUCUCCUUUCCUCUCCCAGGUGUUUGAGACGCUAGGGCCCAGCGGUCGCCACCUAACAGAUAAUAAUAUUCUCUCCUUUCCUCUCCCAGGUGUUUGAGACGCUAGGGCCCAGCGGUCGCCACCUAACAGAGGACAUAGUCUCUCUGACAGAGGUGAACUCUGUGUAUAUCGUCCAGGAAUACAUGGAGACAGACCUGUGUCAGCUCCUGGAGAGGGGUCUUCUCUCUGAGGACCACGCCAGGCUCUUCAUGUACCAGCUGCUGAGAGGCCUCAAGUACAUCCACUCUGCCAACGUACUGCACCGAGACCUGAAGCCUGCCAACCUGUUCGUCAACACAGAGGACCUGGUGCUGAAGAUAGGGGACUUUGGACUGGCCCGGAUCAUGGACCCUCACUACUCACACAAGGUAAGAGGCUAACAGUCAUAACCAUCUGUAAUAACUAUGUGAUGCCUACCUAGCGUUCAGGCUUUAUUGCCCAGAAACCAACUGGGCUACUCCCUUGGGUGACGCUAUCAGCCUAUCACACCACACUGCACCACAGGAAGUAAACAAGGAGGGAUGGUAGUUCCUGAAGUCGCGCCUCCGUUUCCCUUCUCAGAGGAAACGCUUCCGCUGA